AUGAAAUACACUACUCUCGCUUUUUUCGCUUCAGCCGUUAUCGCUGCCGAGGAGACCCUCAAGCUCAGAAUCGUCUCUGACCACUCAGACGUUAACAAUAAGGGUGUUGCCCCUGUCCACGAAGGUGCGGGCAUUAACUACUUCCUUGUUGAGGGGGAGAGAAGCCCUGAAUUCCACUACAACCCAGAGGAGAAACACCUUUUCAACUAUGAGGGUGACUACAAGGGCAAUGUUGGUGCCGAUGCUGGUUUCCUCCAGGUUGGCCCUGCUGUGACUCCAUCUGAGAUUACCUUCAACGAAGAGGGUAUUCUUCAGAUCAAGGAGCAGCUCUGGGCUUGUAAGGACCUCGACGACCCAUACAAGUACUUUAAGGACGACUAUGGUGUCGCUGCUGCCUCUGAAGCUCCAAACGACACCUGCCACAAGAUCUCUCUUAAGAGAGACGGCAAGGAACAGCCACCACCAUCUUCUCACGAUGGCUGGAACCAUACCACUACCAAGCACGUCACCGUGACUGGCUACACUACCUACUGCCCUGAGCCAACUACCUUCACUGUCACCACCUGUGUGGAGCAUGUCUGCGGUCCAAAGCCAAUCACUGUGACUGAGCCAAAGACUGUGACUGUGACUGAGGAAUGUAUCAUUCCAAAGACCACCACCCCACACCCUAAGCCAACCCCAACCAAGCCUGAGGAGACCCACCCUAAGGAGACACCUCCAAAGGAGACUCACCCUGAGGAAACCGCUCCAAAGGAGACACCUCCAAAGGAGACUGGACCAAAGGAGACUGGACCAAAGGAGACCCCACCACCAAAGGAGACUAAACCAUCUUCCGUUGCUGGACCUUCUGUGUCUCCAUCUGUUUCCUCCUUCGAGGGCGGUGCUGCCCAGAACGCUGCUGGUAUGGCUGCUGGUCUUGCCGGUUUCGCAGCCUUGUUGAUCUAA